AUGAACCAUGACAAUUAUUUAUUCUGCAACUGUGGCAAAAAAAGGGGAAGUAUUAAUAGUACAAAUUGGGAACGUUAUUUGAAUGCGUGUAAAAAGAGGAAAAAUAUUUCAUCAAUGAGCAGUAUCAUAAAAUUUUUUAAGUCAUCAACUUCUACAACUUCUACUUCUACUUUACACAAAUAUCAAGUUAUAGAUAAUACCACCAAUGAUGUAAAUGCAAAUCUUUGUGAAAUUGAAGAUGGUACAUCACCAAUUAAUAAAAGCGUCGUGAUUAAAGAGGUGACAACUCAACAAAUCUUAAAUACAAAUGUAAAUGUUGAUGAUAAUGAAGUUGAGACACCAGUAGAUAAAAAUGAGUAUAUUGAUCCUGGUAAUCAUGAAGUUUUUCCAAAAGACUCAAUUGAAAUGAACCAUAAUACCACCAAUGAUGUAAAUGCAAAUCUUUGUGAAAUUGAAGAUGGUACAUCACCAAUUAAUAAAAGCGUCGUGUUUAAAGAGGUGACAACUCAACAAAUCUUAAACAUAAAUGUAAAUGUUGAUGAUAAUGAAGUUGAGACACCAGUAGAUAAAAAUGAGUAUAUUGAUCCUGGUAAUCAUGAAGUUUUUCCAAAAGACUCAAUUGAAAUGAACCUUUUUGAAUUUGGCAACGAUCCUUCUGUUCUUGGUCAAGUUUAUAAAAUAAACCCUGAUCUUAUUGAAUAUAUGUUCAAAAACGGUCCAGCUCAGCCGGUUCCUUAUGAAUUACCAAAUAAAUGUUUUCCAAAAGAUAGUCAGGGCCGAUCGUUUCAUGAAAAUUGGUACUAUAAAAAACAACCAAGUGGAGAAAUAAUUUGCAGGAAGUGGUUGUCUUAUUCUGUUAAGAAAAAUAAAAUAUUUUGCCUUUACUGUGCGUUGUUUGGAAAUCAUGAAAAUAAGAGUUGGACACGUGAAGGAUUUUCAAACUGGAAAAAUGGAGUUGCUAAAAUUAUUAUUCAUGAAACUUCUGAAAAGCAUAUAACAGCAUCAAUUAAAGCCAUGUACAAAGAAGCUUCAUUUCCUCUUUUACCAUCAAUAAUCGAACAAAAUAGGUCAAAUGUUGUUAUGAAUAGAGAAAUAGUUAGCCAUUUAGUAGACCUGACUUUGUUUCUUGGUAGACAUUGUCUUCCAUUUAGAGGGCAUAAAGAAGGAUGGCAAGAUGAAUUGAGAGGUAAUUUUAAAGAUCUAGCUUUGCUUUUAGCAAAAUAUUCUCCAGCUUUGGCUUCAUAUAUUACAGAAGUACAAAUUAGAGGGAAAAAAACACAUAACUUUUUAUCAUGGCAAAGACAAAACCAUUUAAUACAAAAUACAACUUUUGACAUAUCACGAAAAGAACAGCUUUCAUUGGUUUUUAGAUACAUAAAUCAAACUUCCGGAAUAGUUUGUGAAAGAUUAGUGGCAGUUCGUGAAACUUUACUCACAACUGGAGAUCAUCUUUUUACCAUGUUUGAAAAAAUUUGUAAAGAUAUGAACCUAAAUUGGAAAGAACACUUGAUUGGGCAGGCCUAUGACGGUGCUGCAUCGAUGAGAGGAGCCUACAAAGGACUUCAAGCAAUUAUCAAAAAGGAAAACCCUAGAGCUACUUACGUUUGGUGUUGGGCACAUCGAUUCAAUCUUAUAAUUAUAGAUGCAGUAAGUACCUGUGUGAUAGCUCGUGAACUUUUUGGAAAUUUAGAAACGCUUUAUGAUUUUAUCGGAAGCAGUAAGAAACGAGUUGGAUUUUAUUCUGAGUAUCAAAAAAAAAGAUACCCCGGCAAACCUUUGCGUCGAUUAAAACGAGUAGAUACUACGCGCUGGUCAUCUCAUUCAUCCGCACUUGACACGGUUUUAGAAACUUUUGAUUCAAUUAUUGAUACAUUACAUUUCAUCCAAAAUGAUCUUACCACUGACCGUGUAUGUUGUGUAAAAUCCAGCAGUUUAAUGAAUUAUAUGUUAUCGGAACGUUUUGUUUUAAUAGCUUUGACGUUUAAAAAGAUAUUUGAUAUCACUCAUCCAUUUACCAAAUUUUUGCAAGGGACAGAUAUUGAUUUGUUGGAUAUUGUUAUUACUCAGAUUACAGAAAGAUUCAAUGAAGAUUCAACACCACUUUUUAAAGAUCUAUCGCUAUUUCAAAUAAAAAGAUUAAAUGAAGUGGCAGAAAAUGAAUCUAGCCUGCCUAUUGAUGCAUUUGACGGGCUUGCUAAUGUGUAUGGAAAAUUUCUUAACGCCUCUGAUUUAAGGCGUGAAUUUGUUCAGUUUGCUAAGUCAUAUUCCAGUUUUGAAAAUAUAACGCAUCUUCCUGAGUCAUUACAUAAACAUGGAUUUAAUAGUAUAGACACAUUUUUAGAGACAGAUACAGAUACCGAUGAUGAAUAUAAAGCUGAAAAAUCUAAAAAAUCCAACAAUCAAAAAACUAUAAAUUCAAUUUUUAAAGUAUGUCACUCUACUGGAUUGAAAGAAGUAUUUCCUACAAUUUACACUGCACUGCGUAUUGCUUUAACAUUACCAGUUUCGAGUGCAUCCCCUGAAAGAGCAUUUUCAAAACUCAAACUCAUCAAAACCCGUCUAAGAAGUACAAUGUGUGAAGAACGUCUAGAAAGUCUUAUGUUAAUUUCUUGUGAGAAAGAUAUAGCAAUAAAUACUGAUGAUGUUAUUAAAACAUUUUCAUCAUACAGCUCAGUUCUCAGAAAAUUAUUAUUGUAA